AUGCUCUCCGCUCAGAAAUGUGCGCGCGCAAAGCUCACCACUGAGCAGAAAGCAGAAUGUCGUCAAAAAUAUACAAAGCUUACGGAUGCCAUAAACACAGCACGGGAUUCAUACCAGGAGGAAGCACGUUCUAUAGCUCAAGACCACGGGAGGUCUUUAAAAUGGACCCGUGCUGAAUUGAAUGGCAGCCGAUUGACUCGACAACGUCGAAAAGCAAGCGCCUGGAAUGCUUUUGUGAGGGGGAAGCUCAAUGAAGCCAAUGAGACUUGUGGACCUGGGCAACAUUAUAGGCUCCCGGCGUUCAUUUCUGCACAUCACACUGAACUUCAACGGACUUACAGACGUUUGUCAGAACCGGAGAAAAAAAAAUUACGGCUUGGUAUUGAUGACCUGUGCACAAUGCGGGUAAACAUUGUGCGAUCAAAUCCAAAAGCUCUUCUGAAAGAUGUCAACUCGACCUUUAACACCAUGGAAAAAGAGUGGACUGCCAUCAAUGCGCGUACCUCAAUGGAAGGUUUUUAUAUUGCUGUUCGAGGGGAUUUAGAGCAUUACCAUGAAGCUAAACUAUUCCUUACCGCCAAGGCUAAGUCCUUCAUUAAGGAUGUGCUGCAUUUUGAACCGAAACUUCUGGCACUCAAGUUUGAGUCGCACAGAGUCGUCGAUGUCCACGACACAGCGGCUUCCAUUGUCGAAACUCACAAUAUUUUGCAGAAGAACAAGUUGGCUUCAAAGAAGAUCCCAAUGAAUUACAACAACUAUGAGAAGAGGAUUGUCGAAGUCUACGCAAUUGCAAUCGACGGGUGGACUUACGAGAAGAGUGUCUGCAACCCUGGGAAAAUUGGUCGCCGAGAACACCUAAUCAAAUUGCUAGAUGCGCUGGUCACAGGCACAUGCUCCUGGGUUACAUUGAAUGAUGACGAGGUAUCAGAACGCAUCAGCAACAACUGCAAGCACCAAGCGAGUGGCGAACAAGUUUACAAACCCCGUAAAGCCGCACGACGACAUAAAGCUGACAGCGCUAAGAGCGCUCAAAUAAUCAGUGACAGCAACCUCGAAGACGGCGAGGAAGACAACCACAACGAACAGGAUGGAAGCAACACGAACAGUCUUGAAGGUUCAGUUGAUAUGGAGUAGGGGGGUUCAAGCGGCAUAUUAGGUGGGGCUGAGUAAAUAGCACUUGUGUUGUAUUGCUUUACAUAUAUACUACUCGAAUGCAAAAGACACGUCAAAAACAGAUUAGAAACGAGGGCGGCAGAGGGUAGAGAAGGAGCUCACUGUUGGGGCUGAGCAGCACAU